AUGUUAGCUUGUCAAGCAGGGGUCAGGACGGCUGUCGCCACGCGACUAUAUCGGAGGAUGCUCAGUGAAGCUGCUCGAGCGCAUGCAGUGGAAAUUACUCCAACAUGCGUCAAAAGGCUGAAGGAAUUGCAGGAACAACGUCGAAAGAAUGUUGCCCUUCGAGUCACCGUUGACGGAGGUGGGUGUUCAGGGUUUCAAUAUGCUUUCGAUGUUGAGAACUGGGAAGUCGCACCUGACCAAAAAUCACUAAAGAGUGGCAAUGAUGUCCUCUUCGAGAAGGACGGCGCCGCCGUCAUCGUGGAUAACUUGUCUUUGGCCUACAUCUCUGGUUCCAAAGUCGACUACAUUGAAGAGAUGAUCAGCUCGUCAUUUCGAGUAACGGAGAACCCAAACUCCGAGACUUCUUGUGGCUGUGGGACAUCCUUCUCGCCCAAGUUGUGA